UAUUUAUAAAUAUACGUCAAAAACUCUUAAAAGUAUGACUCUUAUAUCCCGACUGAGCGAGUACGACGAUAGUAGGGUUUUAAUUUAACAACACUACCAAUUUUACUCUCUGCCGCCGCCGUUCCCGGAGAUUAGAACCUUCCUCUGCAAUCAUGGGUAUUUCACGAGAUUCUAUGCACAAGAGGCGUGCCACUGGUGGCAAGAAGAAGGCAUGGAGGAAGAAGCGAAAGUACGAGCUAGGAAGGCAACCUGCAAACACAAAGUUGUCUAGCAACAAGACUGUUAGAAGGGUAAGGGUCCGAGGUGGAAAUGUCAAGUGGCGUGCGCUCAGGCUGGAUACGGGGAACUACUCUUGGGGUAGUGAGGCUGUGACUCGGAAGACUCGUAUUCUUGACGUGGUCUAUAAUGCGUCCAAUAAUGAAUUGGUGAGGACACAAACAUUGGUCAAGAGCGCAAUAGUUCAGGUUGAUGCAGCACCAUUUAAGCAAUGGUACCUUCAGCACUACGGAGUUGAAAUUGGUAGGAAAAAGAAAAGUUCCGCUGCUGCCAAGAAAGAAGGAGAGUAUGGUGAAGCUGCUACUGAGGAUGCAAAGAAAAGCAACCAUGUACAGAGAAAAGUACAAAAGCGUCAGGAGGAUCGUAAGAUAGACCCACAUAUUGAAGAGCAAUUUGGAGGUGGUCGUCUAUUAGCUGCAAUUUCAUCACGACCAGGCCAAUGUGGUCGUGCUGACGGAUACAUUUUGGAGGGCAAGGAGUUAGAGUUCUACAUGAAGAAACUUCAGAAGAAGAAAGGAAAGGGGGCAGCAGCUUAAAGUUUUUUGACCUAUAUGGAGAUUGGAGAGCUUAACUUAGCCUAUUCUUUAUAUUGCUUUCAUGUAGUUCUGCCGCCUAUUUAAAACUUAUGCAAAUCCAAUAUCUUAUGUCCGGUCUAAACUCCGUAUUUUGGGAAUGUUGUUUUCUGUUAUAUCUUUGAACAGUGGUAAUAUCUAGGAAUAUUUACAAUUUUAAUAUACUCUAAAUACUUCCCUGUGAA